AUGAGCACACGCACUGAAAGCGCAAUUCGCGCACCGCGGCGAAGUAAGAGCUGUUUGGCGUCGUCCGUCAAAUUGUCCAAUGGGCUGGCACGCGAAUUUCGCACCUACCUGUUAAGAGGCGCGAGGCCCCGCCCCGCGCACCCCCGCGCGGGCCGGCGAUUUCAACGCAGCGGCACACUCAUCCCCUCGGCGCCGCUCGCGAUGGAGGGUGCGCCGUCCGAAGUGGACUCCGAGUCUCCCGAGUCGCGGCCAGAGUCGCCCGUGGCCUCCGCGCCCGCCCGAUUCUCCAUCGAGCGCAUCCUGGGUCUCGGCAAGGAGCCCUCGCCGCCACCCCCAAAGGUCCUCAGGCCCACCCCCAGCAACCCCGCCGCCUUCGACUUUGGACAGAGCGCCCUUCCGACCCUGUUUGGCGCUUCGGCCGGAUCCUCCGUGCCCUACCCGCCAGCCUAUCCUGCCCUGCUCUACGGAGGGUGGCUCUCGGCCAAACACCCUGGACAGCUGUUUGGUCUCCAAGCUCCAAAGCCUGUGGGUAGGAGAUCUCGGAAACCCGGAAUUGACAGAAAACCUCGCCAGGCUUACAGUGCCAAACAACUUGAGAGACUUGAGACAGAAUUUAAGAUUGACAAGUAUUUAAGUGUGAGCAAAAGGCUAGAGCUGUCGAAGGCGCUUCACCUGACCGAAGUGCAAAUCAAGACUUGGUUCCAAAACCGGCGCACCAAGUGGAAGAAGCAGCUGACCUCGCGACUCAAGAUGGCCCAGCGGCAGGGCCUCUUUCCGGCCCACUACUUUGCAGCAGCGGCCGCCGCCGCAGCAGCUGCGGUCUCUGGCCCCACCGCCCCCACGCCGCCUUCGCACCACCACUACCCCGCGUUGCUGGCCCCCUACUACGCAGCCGCCUCCCAACUCUUUGCCCCUCCGUCCCUUUCGCCGCCUCACUCACCAUCCUCCCCUCAAGUGACAGGAUCACCCUCACCCCUUGGUACCAGUUCGCUGCCCCCUGACCUCUAUCAACAGCACACACAUUAAAGCCAGUUAUUAAAUUAUUAUUUUUUAGUUUUUAAACACCUGUUCAAACUGCCUGAUUUUGUUCUCUUUCUUCUUUAAUUUUUUUUUUUUUUUUUUUUUUUAAAUGAAGUAUAUUUAUUUGAAAGAAGUUACAAGUCCAGCCAACUCCAAACGGAGUUAUCGGCCGGUGCUUAUGUGACUGGAAAGCAAGACUUAAAAGCCGAGCAAUCCAGUUCUAUACACAUUAUUUUACAUGCGAAUUUUUACAAAGAUAAAAAUGUCAACUAAAUAUUACAAAAGUGACAAAAACCAUUUUUUAAUAUGAAAUUUAACAGAAUUUUUUGAAUCAAGAUUUUUUAAAUUUGGUGGUAAAGCAUUCCACAGUCUGGGAAAAGAAAAUUCAAAUGUGCGAUCAAAAUAUUUGUUUACACUGGGCGGCAUAACAAGAGGAUCCAAUUGGGACAUUCUUGUUUCAUAUUGAUGCAUUCGUGGCACGCCACGAUUUUCGUCAAAGUAUUUCAAGCAAUAUACAUUUAGUUCAUAUAUUUUGUUGACAGGCAUUAUGUUCCAAAAUUUGAACAAAUUAUCGAUUGAAUUUUUUUGUUUACGAGUACACAUUUUAUAUAACACUUUUUCUUGCAAGUUACGCACAGCAGUUAAAUUUGCGGAGCCCCAAGCAAGGAUUCCGUAGUUCAAAUACGAGUGGGCAAGAGAGAAAUACAUUAUUCUGCGUGUGUUGUGAUUGAGGUGCGCUUUUAUAAAAUUGAACUCUCUUAUAAUAUUUCUCAAUUUGCCGGAAAUGUGCUGUAAAUGAUAUUUCCACGAAAAAUCCUGGUCCAGGUGUAGACCAAGAUAUUUGGUUUUUUCAACUUGCGACAGUGUUCCGCAUUUACAGCCAAUUGAGAAAUUGUGUAAACAUGUAUAUUCAUGGCAGAUAAUGUUUAAUUUAUUGUUCAGUCUAAUGUUUGGAUGGCAAAAGUGCAAACUAACAGUCUUUUUCUCAUUAAUCAUUAGACCAUUAUCAUGACACCAUUCAGUAAUUAUAUUAAACUCGGACUGAAUCACAUCAUGACAAAUAGCAAAAUUUUCAUGCGCAAAUAAAAUUACAAUAUCAUCGGCAAACACAAAUAUUAUGCAUUUUUUUAACAUUGGCACGAGAUCAUUUAUAAACAAAAGGAACAGAAUUGGACCCAAAAUUGAGCCUUGAGGAACUCCAGAAUUUACGUCAAACUCCUCACUGUUUUCGUUAUUAACACGGACAAAAAAUAUACGAUCAGAAAGGAAACUUAUUAAGAGCUGCAGGAAUGGGCCAUCAAUACCAAAAUACUUUAAUUUUUCUGCUAAUUUUUUAUACAAAAGUACGUCAAAUGCCUUUUUUAGGUCGAUAAAGAUUGCCGCCACGUGUUUAUUUUCACCUAAAUUUUUAUUGAUAAAAUUAGCAAAAUUACCAAACAGCUCGUUAACACAUUUCCCUUUUUGAAAAGCAAAUUGUCGCUCAUCAAUCAUUUUAAAUUCUUUCAGAUAUUUAGUCAAAUUAAUUUCAAUAAAGCGCUCAAAGAUUUUAUCAAAAACAGGCAAAAUUGAGAUGGGGCGAUAAUUUUCAAAUUUUUUGUGAUCAGAGUUUUUAUAAAUCGGUCGAAUAAUUGCACUUUUUAAACAUUUUGGAUAUUGUGAGGUUUCAAUGCAUUUGUUUAUAACGGAGGAAAUAAUGUUGGCGAGAGAGCAGCCAGCACUCUGCACAUCACGCACAGAGACGCCGUCCACUCCCGGGCCUUUGUUUUUAUUGAGACUCUGAAUAAUUGCCGCGACUUGUGUGUAUGUGGCGCGCGGCAGGCGCAUGCUUUGCAUCGCCGUCGGGCGCUGCUCCGCAGACCUGACCGCUUCAAAAUCACAAAUAUGUGUACUCAUUAGCGGCGCAUCCGCAAAUUGUUUACCAAAGCCUUCUAAUAUUUCCGGCAGAGAGAAUUUUUUCGACAUGAAGCGUGUUAUUGUAGUGUCAAUGGAAGAGGUUGCUCGGCCAAGCAAUCUAUUCAAGUUUUGCCACGUAAGUCUAAUGUUGCCUUGACAAGUAUUAAAAACUUUAAGAUUGAAAUUAAUUUCUGCAUUACGCAAUUUAUUAUUUACUAUAUUCCUAAAUUUUUUAUACUCGUCAGCAUGUUUUUUGUUUGUCGGAUUGCUUUUCAUUUUUUUAUAUAAUCGCGUUCUCUCUUUAAUUAUUUCUUUAUGGUGUGGUGUUAUCCAUAGUUUAUCAAUUCUUUUUUUAGUAUUGUGUAUUAUCGUUUUUUGAACAGUAUUUACAUCUUUUAAAUUUUGUAUAAUAGUGGAGCAAUUUUUUAGAGUUUCAUUCGGAUUAUUUUCAACCACGCAGCGAUUCCAAUCAAAAGUUGAUAAAUCUUGAUUGACAACUUUGAAAUCAGUAUAAUUAUACUUUUCAACUUUAGGGCCUCCGGAAUGGUCAUAAACUAAGGUUGAAAUCGCAUUGUGAUCGGAGGCGUCGCAUUCAAUUACCGCGGAAAUAUUUUCAAAAUUGUUAAGGCGUGCAAAAAUGUGGUCAAUUAAAGUAGACGAAAAGUUUGAUCCAGAGACGGCUUCUCUAGUGGGAAACGAAAUGCACUGAGUAAACCCAAAUUCUGCGGAAAUAUUAUGUAGGCGGUCAACUAUUGUGUCUGUGAAUUGAAUAAAAUUUUAAUGUGUAAAGUGGUCAUUUUCAUUUUAAUGGCGCGAUGUUUAUCCUAAUGUUUCUUGGCAUUAUGCUUGUUUUUUUUGUAAAUAAUUACUUAAUUGUGAAAAUGUGUAAAUGAUUUAAAUGCAAGAAAUAAAAUUCACGUAUAGCACCACAUACAUUUUUUAUAACUAUUACAAUAAUUUUAUUAACUCUAAUCAAUUAGUAAGGUUCAUUAAUUUAACAUCGCGAGGUUAGAAGUCUUUUUGGAAAUUUAUGAAAGUUUUUCUUCAACCCUGCCUAAAGGCGGGAUCUCCUCUUCGCUGCCAACCGCUGUUGCC